GCUUUUACACGUAGCAGAACUCGUAGCCCUCAAUGGUAGGAGGCUGCGUGUGAGAGCAAGGCCGGGAAAAAUGGCGGCGCCCGUCCUGAGAGUGUCCACCCCUCGAUGGGAAAGAAUAGUCAGGUUCCUUGUAUGCCUACUUGGCAUUAUGUUAUCUUUAUACGCCUUUCAUGUAGAACGAGAAAACGAAAAGGACUCGAAUUAUCGGGCACUAUGCGACUUGAGCAACUCAAUAAGCUGUUCCAAAGUCUUCACCUCCAGAUGGGGGCGAGGAUUCGGGCUCUUGGGCUCCAUCUUUGGAAAUGACAGCGCGAUGAACCAGCCAAACAGUGUGUACGGAAUCAUCUUUUACAUCUUGCAGCUGUUGCUUGGAAUGACGGUGAGUGCCAUGGCAGCCCUGAUCCUCAUGAGUACGUCCAUCGCCUCGGUGAUGGGAUCCCUCUACCUGGGGUACAUUCUCUACUUCGUUCUGAAGGACUUCUGCGUCAUCUGUGUCACCACAUAUGCACUGAACUUCAUUCUCUUUGUCCUCAACUAUAAGCGACUUGUUUACUUGAAUGAGGCUUGGAAGCAACAGCUUCAAGCCAAGCGGGACUGAGAGGAAAAAACAACAAACAAGGAAAAAAAAAAAUGUGACCUGAACUUUUGACUUGCCACCAGGAGACCUUGCUUCCAUACAAUGUUCAUUCUGUGUCUAAAAAAAAAUUGUGAAAAAUUAGGGGCCAGAGAUCACAAGUCGCAAAAACAAAGGAAGGAUUUAAAAACGGAAAAAAUAUCUAUUUGUCCAUAUUCGCUUUGUUAGAUUCCCUUACUCUACCCAAAACGAAUACUCAGAUAAGGGAUGGGGUUAAAAGAAGAAAAGAAAAACAAAAAGAAGCACUUGCAGAAUCUCCAGUGCUGAUCAUGGAUGACCUCCUGCUACUGAAGAGAAAGUCGAGGCCGAGAGAAGCGAGAGACAUCGGUGCAACAGGACGAGGCGUGGCGAUUACUUGAAACCAAGGGGACAGUCCUGCUCCCAGUUUCCCAAACUGUACUGAGAGAAGACUAAUUAUGGGUUCAACAAAAAUAAACAUGCAUGAUCAUGAGGUUACUGUACAGUUCUCUGAUAUGAUUCCACAACGAGAUAUAAGGAUUAACAUCAACAAAAAAUGUAAUUUCUUAUGUUUACAGUGAUUUUUUUUUCGAGGAGGACCACUAAUUUUAAAAACAUGGGAGAAUGUGAGACCUUGUGUUCAUCGGUUCCCUUGUCCUUUUUUCUUUUGUUAUUUUUUUUUUGUUUUUUUGUUGUUGUUUUUUUUUUGCAAUCUGUAAAUAGCUGCUGAGCAAUAUUCCAAGCUAGAUUGUGUUUUAGUGUAAAGGAUAAAACAGAUGUAAAGGAUAAAAAAAGAACAAAAAAAAUCCGAACUAAGGAGAAGCAUUGUGAAGUCAUCUGGGUGAACAGGUGUGAUUAUGUGCAUGCACUAAGUGAGUCCCUCACGGUGAGCAAACAGGUAUACUGUCGCUUGGAUGCGUUCAGAACACCUACCACUUGAGGUUUGACAUGAUCUGAACAACCUCUAUUUGAGUCUUUCCUCCAGUCUUCAGGGCCAGAGUUUCUUUCCCCCGUCUCUUUCUCCCUUUCCCUGACCCCUUUCUUCUGCUAAGCCUACUCUCCAGAAUAGCGCCUUCGUCUGUAUUUGUUUCUGAAACCUUGUAAAUAUUUUUUGUUCCAAGCAUUCCUGACACACAGGAGGAGAACCAUUAGACUUAUGUGCCUAACAGAACCUUGAUGUGAAAAUACCUUCACUUCAUCUUCUCCCCAUUAUUCACUUUCCGCAGUCACUGUCUCAUGACCUCUUGCAUUUUUUGUAAUACUGUACUUUACAUUGUUUCUUAAAGUGGUUAACAUUGAAAGCGUACACCACAACUACUACACAUCCCCCUUAAAGUGUGCAUUUGAAUAACCUGCUGACGGAUGGUGAGGAUAUGGUAAAAGGAUACGACAGUAAACAGCUCUGAACUUUUUAUUUUGUAUGCAACAUGUCAUACUAGCUUCAGUAAUUUAUUAGAUGUUAUGAGUAUGUUUUCACUGCUGUAAUCAAGGUCUAGAUCCCUCCCAUAGUGGUCUAAUGUGUUUUGCUGUGUUUUUGAAUUUGAAACAACAUUACCCACAAUGCCCGGUGCCCUAGCCACUACCUCUCAGUAUUGUCCCUAUUUGAUAACAUCCCAAGCUUUUAGGAGUAGCUACAGAAGAUGCCAGCAGAAACAGCUUUUAGAUAUCAUAGCGCCUUGUUACUGGUUGACGGUCUAUCAUGGUAAACGAGAUGUGCUCCCCUUCCUACCAGAGGGCAUGAUAUCAGGAGCAAGCGGCGCAACAUUUACUUGUCUGUGUUUUGUGUCCUAGAUCAAUCUAACUAAUAACUGUUGGAUUGGUUCUAGUUGGCCAUUUGGUGUCCCACACAGCAGAGCGCGGAUGUCAGUGUUCAUGUGUAUUACUGCUUCUGAAUUGGGUGUCAAAAAAGAUGUGCACAUUAAUUUUUUUUCACAGUUGUCUUUUUGGUCAGGGGUUUCUCACUGUAAAUCCAUGUGAAAUUCCUGGUGAAUAAAGUCUGUCUCUUUGUGCUAAAAUACAGCUUUUUCCAUUCACCUAUGGUUGAAAGGACUAGCCAGAGAGAUUAGUCAAUGACCGAUUGCUGCGUGUUCCGCUCGACUUUAUUGUUUUAAGUUGAUCUUUGUGAAAAGUUUUUAUCUGCACUAGAAACGCUGGAAAGAGAAUGUUGCAGAUCUUGUAUGUCCACACGUUUAAUAACACCUUUUAAAGGCAGACCAUUACUCAUGAUUACAGCUUAUCAGCAUGUGUCAAAGAAACUGCUACCAUGGGCCUGAGCAUAAAGAGCAAGGACUUGUUGCCUUUUCGUCCGAGUCCUGUGAGAACCCUCAGCAUAUGACUGCUUCUUGACUGCUCCGAAUGACAAAUACACUUUUAAUUAUGAAGACACUACAAUUAGCAAAAACCUGUUUUCAUGGCAUCCAAAAAAUGGCUAAAUCAGAUCAAAAUAACUUUUAAAUUCAGGCAAAACUCGACCUGAGAGGUGUUGUGUUCAUAUGUAGCUCACAAUGUGAACCUCAAAAUUUAGCAAGCAAAAGAGUUGCUGCAGUCAUGAUGUCCACUAGAAGUGCCUUCUGUAUGUCCACUGGGCCUUGGCCAGGUCAGAGCUGCAGCACAGCCUUGUUGGUCCAGCUGACAGGAAUAGGCACUCCUGCUUGCCUUGGAGAAGGUAUGUGCAGAUGAGAUUGGAGGUCAUUUUACAGAUGUGUAAUGUAACAUGCGUAUUGGAUGUCCGUUAGCAGAGGCCCACCAAAAAAAACAAACAAUAAAAGACGUAAAAUAAA